UCCUGCGGUCUCAGGCCUCCUGGUUGCCCAACAGGUGGCUGGGGGCGGGUCACAACCACAGAUUAAAGGCCGCCCGGAGCAGCCUGUGCGGAGACAGGUGCCCAGCAGCCCAGGCAGCUGACCAGCGCUCGCCCCAGCUGUAGGCUUCACUGUCCCUGUGAAACAUCACCAUGUCCAAGGGACCCCGGGCUGAGACCUUCAUCUUUCUGGACCUGGAAGCCACUGGGCUCCCCAGUGUGGACCCUGAGAUCGCCGAGAUCUGCCUGUUUGCUGUCCACCGCUCCUCCCUGGAGAACCCUGAGUACGAUGAGUCUGGCGCCCCCAUGCUGCCCCGGGUCCUAGACAAGCUCACGCUCUGCAUGAGCCCGGAGCGCCCCUUCACUGCCAAGGCCAGCGAGAUCACCGGCCUGAGCAGCGAGGGCCUGGCCAGGUGCCGGAAGGCUGGCUUUGACAAUGCUGUGGUGCAGGUGCUUGAGGCCUUCCUGAGCCGCCAGGAGGGCCCCUUGUGCCUCGUGGCCCACAACGGCUUUGAUUACGACUUCCCCCUGCUGUGCACAGAGCUGCGGCGCCUGGGUGCCCACCUGCCCCGGGACACCAUCUGCCUGGAUACGCUGCCGGUGCUGCGGGGCCUGGACCGUGCCCACAGCCAUGGCACCCGGGCCCAGGUUGGCAAGGGGUACAGCCUGGGCAGCCUCUUCCGCCGCUACUUCCAGGCGGAGCCCAGCGCGGCCCACUCGGCCGAGGGUGACGUGCACACCCUGCUCAUGGUCUUCCUGCACCGCGCCCCCGAGCUGCUCGCCUGGGCCGACGGGCAGGCCCUCAGCUGGGCCCACGUCAAGCCCAUGUAUGUGCCAUCCGACGGCCCGAGUCUCGAGGCCUGAGGCAGGGGCUUGGUGACGCUGCUGCCCAGGGCGACGAGGCCCGCUCCCCGCAGCAGGUCGGCACCAGCCUCCUCAAUUCAGCUGCGCCGUGUGGCCUGGAGCUGGCCCCGGACCAGUGCCUCGCUGCCCCUCCUGGUGGGCCCUGCGCCUGCCAGCCUUUCCCCCACUGCCCUGGCCUAACCAGCCCCACAGCCCUAGAGCCUUCUCCCGGCCCCUCCCCUGACCCGUGCUCCAGUGGAGUUUGCUGCUGCUGGCGCCCACCCAUCACCCUGUCUUUCAAUAAACACUGAGAACUGCUCA